AUGGUACAAGCACCUCUGGGCGCUCAAGUCUUCAAAGGGGGACCCCAGGCCCGGUUGGAGCGCGGAUACCUGACAAAACACGUGCAGGUGAUCGGGAACCUCCUCUCGGCCUCGUCUCGCUACAACUACGCCGGCCCGCUGAUAUCGCGAGAAUCGGACACAUCCAGUAACACGCCAACACCUCCCACAGAGCCCUUUGGUCUAUUAUGCUCCCGCGAGGCGCCGCACCACCUGAGGCGCCGCGGCGAUCCGGGCGCUCGGGCUCCCUCUGCUGGGAAGCCGUUACUUGGCCAGCCGGCGGCUGCCGCCGCCGUCGCCGCUGGUGGCGGUGGCCCUGCCGGUGAGCCCGUUCCUGGGGCGGGGCUCGGCGGAGACGCUAGGCGGCCCGAAGGCCGGGCCCUGAAUAAAGAGUUGACCACCGGGGACGAGGACGAUGGGGCCGAGAGGAGCCCGAGCGGGGCGGCAGUGACAGCAGUGCUCCGCAGCGACCCUGCCGCCCGCUCCCCUCGCCCCGGCCGCACCCCCGCGGAGCCCGGAGUCAAAGCCUCCCCGGGCCGACCCCGGCGGCUGCGGCGGCGUCGCCCGUGGUGGCGGCGUCGCCCAUGGUGGCAGCGGUGGAGGUGGUGGCCGCGGCGGUGGUGGCGAAGGCAGAGGCUCCCGCAGCGGCGGCGGCGGCGGCGGCGGGGAUCCGACGCGCGGGCGGCUACCUGCGAGCAAUGCGCGGAAGCGGCCCCGGCUCCUCUCCCGACCGCUCCACCUCGGCGGCGGCCUCAGAAGCCUCGGCGGGACCUGGAGAUCGAUAACAUUGUGGCCAACACUCUGCUGGUGAAGGCGCGCGAAGGAGCCUAUAGGAAAAAAAGCAGUCGUAGUAAGAAGUGGAGGGAGAUGCUGAAGCUGCCCCCUGUCAGCAAGUGCACUGAGCUGAGACGGUCCAUCGAAAAGGAUUAUACCAGCCUUUGUGACAAGCAGCCCAUUGGGAGACUUCUCUUCAGGCAAUUCUGUGAGACCAGACUGGACCUAACGCGGUACAUUGCAUUCUUGGAUGCUGUGGCGGAGUAUGAAGUGGCCGCUGAGGAAGACCAGCAAGAUUGUGGGCGGAAGGUCCUGGACCGGUUCUUCAGUGAGGAGACGGCUGAAGCUCAUUUACCAGAAAUACCUCAGGAUGUUGUGACAAAGUGUAGAGAGAGAUUAGAAGAGGAGCCCUCCAAAGACAUCUUUGAGGAAUGUGCUAGAAUCGUUCAUAAGUAUUUAAGUGGAGAGCCAUUUGAAGAAUACCAAGACAGCUCAUAUUUUUCUCGGUUUUUACAGUGGAAAUGGCGGGAAAGGCAACCAAUAACAAAGAACACAUUCAGACAUUACAGAGUUCUGGGAAAAGGCGGAUUUGGAGAGGUAUGGGCCUGCCAAGUACGAGCCACAGGCAAAAUGUAUGCCUGCAAGAAGCUGGAGAAAAAGCGGAUCAAGAAAAGAAAGGGUGAAGUCAUGGCCCUCAAUGAGAAAAGGAUCUUAGAAAAAGUCAACAGUCAGUUUGUAGUUAGUUUAUCCUACACAUAUGAAACGAAAGAUGCCUUGUGCUUGGUGCUAACCAUUAUGAAUGGAGGGGACCUAAAGUUUCACAUUUACAACCUCGGCAGUCCUGGCUUCGAUGAGCAGCGAGCUGUGUUCUACGCUGCAGAGCUGUGCUGCGGCUUGGAAGAUUUGCAGAGGGAAAGAAUUGCGUACAGAGACUUGAAACCUGAGAACAUUCUCCUGGAUGACCGUGGACAUAUCCGGAUUUCAGAUCUCGGUUUAGCUGUGGAGAUUCCAGAAGGGGAGACGAUUCGAGGGAGAGUUGGUACUGUUGGCUACAUGGCUCCGGAAGUCAUCAAUCAUGAAAACUAUACAUUCAGCCCUGACUGGUGGGGGCUUGGCUGUCUGAUAUAUGAAAUGAUCGAGGGACACUCCCCGUUCCGAAAGUUCAAGGAGAAAGUGAAACGCGAUGAGAUCGACCGGAGAGUGAGACAGGACGCCGAGGAGUAUUCCGAAAAGUUUUCAGAAGACGCCGUAUCCAUCUGCAGGAUGUUGCUCACCAAGGACCCCAACCAACGGCUCGGCUGCAGGGGCGACGGGGCAGCCGAAGUGAAACAGCAUCCUGUGUUCAAGGACAUUAACUUCAAGAGGCUGGAAGCCCACAUGAUGGAGCCCCCUUUCUGCCCUGAUCCACAUGCCGUGUACUGCAAGGACGUCUUAGAUAUCGAGCACUUCUCCACGGUGAAGGGGGUCCACCUGGACACCAGUGAUGAAGCUUUCUACGCCAUGUUUGUCACGGGCUGUGUCUCCAUCCCCUGGCAGAACGAGAUCAUCGAGUCGGAGUGCUUCAAGGACCUCAGUGAAGAUGAGGCUGAGGAGGAGUUGACACUUGACCUAGAGGAGAAAGUCAGUCACCCCGCCCACAUACCAAAGAGGGGCUUCUUCGACAGGCUCUUCAGUAGAGGGGGAUGCCUCCACCCCAACCCCAGCGAGAAGGAAGAGGCGCCCAGGAGACUCUGA